ACACGAGACGCAGACAUCUGGUUCUCAACGGGGAACCUCAUCAUUGUCGCGAGCGGCCAGGUCGCGUUCCGCGUCUACCGAGGCCUUCUUGCAAUCAAGUCGGAGGUAUUCCGUGGGCUCUUCGAGCUGCCGCCUCCACCCGGCGACCACGAGAAGAUGGACGAUUGCCCGGUCGUCCAGCUCUCAGACUCGCCCGAAGAUCUGAAGCCCCUUCUCCUGGUCAUUUACUGCCGAAAAAACUACUUCUACCGCAACGACGAGCCUAUCCCGGUGCCAUUCGACACCCUCGCAGCUCUGGUCCGCAUGACGCACAAGUAUGGGAUCCAUGAUCUCUACGAGACUGCGCUCGGGCGCCUUCGAGCCUACUACCCCUCCGACCUUCGCUCCUGGGAUGACAUCUGUCGCCGCCAACGCUACGUGACAGCCCAGCCCUCCGACGCCCUCGUGUUGCUCAAGCUUGCACAUCUGACGGAGACACAGUCCCUGCUCCCCACCGCCUACCUCAUCUGC